ACGGAUCCGACCAUUACUUUGAGGCCACGAAUGGCAUCCAUAAGACAAAUGCAAUUCAACUCUACUUUCAAAUCGGAGUCUCGGAUACCAUAAUAAACGCAACGAUAGGACUAUUGCAGCAAAUACUGAAAGAACCCUUUUUUGACAAUUUAAGGACUAAACUACAGUUGGGUUACGCCGUGUGGGCCUACUAUCAAGAAAACGACGGUGUUUAUGAACUAUUAAUGAUAUCCACUUUUUUAGGCAUGACUUUCACCAUUGAAUCCGAUUAUAAGCCCAAUGAAUUGAAUGAGAGAAUCGAGGCUUUCAUACAAUGGUCUCAGAAAUACAUUCACGAUAUGAAUGACACGGACUUUGAGACACAGAGACAGUCAUUGAUUGCACGAAGACUUGAGAAACCGAAACAACUCUUAGAAUAUUCUUAUAGACUUUGGUCUGAGAUAUCGUCCAAAAUGUAUGACUUCAAUAGGGAUGAGAUUGAAGUGAAAGCCAUCAAAGAGUUGACAAAACAGGAUAUCAUUGCCUUCUUUGAGAGACAUCUCUCCCACUCUUCAGCCACUCGUAAGAAACUGACGGAAUCAAUAAGAAUUGAAAACAUAACACAAUUUAAGACACAUUUGGGUCUCUAUUCUGUACCCAAACCAGUAGUCGAUGUCUACGCUAAUGAUACACACAAUCGCAACAAUAAUUAACAAUAAACUAGUUUUUAUAACAUAUCCCAUACCUGUCUUACAAAUUAUAUUCAAUACUACAGUAAUGUUCACUAAAUAAUUCAAUAAUACUAGUAUUCAUUAAUUAAAGCAGU